GUCAAAUUGAAGUGAUAAGAACGAAAUGAUGGUAUCAUUAGCUAACUAACGUACAUGUAUAAAAUUGUACGAUUACAGAAUAACAGUGUUUCGGGCAACAUUACAUUAAAAAAAUGCACCUAGUGCGGGACUGAGAAGAAAAUGUUGGAUUUUUUAGUGACUCUUUUCCUCUUCAAUGUUACUCUGUUCCUUAUACCUGUUAUAUUCCUUGGAUUUGUAGGGCAUCAGAUUAUCAAAAAAGAUUCACACCCUGUAUAAACGAAGCAUUAGCUGCAUAGGAUUCAGCCCUUACUUAAAGUAUGACCAGGUACUUUAUCAACCCCCUGUAUCUUUAUGUACUUAUAUGGAAGAAGCAAAAAACUCCUCUUGAGAAAGCCUUUUAAAGUCCUACUAAGAUCACGACAAUCCGAGCUUCAUGAAAAACCCGUUGGACAUAGCUUCUAGUUACGCCAUUGGUUCCUGAAGUACAUUAUCGCAUUCGUUAUCAUACUAAAAUUUUGCCACUGGGUAUGGCUGACCUGCAUCUCAUUUAUACACACUGACGUCGAAUUUGUUAAAUACGUAACAGUGAGGUCACUGCUGGAUACACACCGAAACCAAGGUAUCAUUACCGUGCUACUAUGCGUCAAGGGACAAGCUCAACCUGAAGCUGUGCGAAAACACUUGCAGGAAGUGGUGAGACGCAGAGACAAAUUCGGCAACUUGGCGUUCCCAAGACUGCGCCACUGCUUAGUGACGAGAUGCGGAACCUAUGCUUGGCAAAGAGGCAAGUUCGAUCUAGACCAAAACUUGACCGUAGCUCCCUUUACCUUCAAGGGUAGGGCAGUUACUGAAUUCAACAUACAGGAAUACGUUAGUGAUAUUGUCUCAAAGUAUCUUCCUGCUUCCAUCCCACCAUGGCAGGUUAUAAUAAUACCAUCAUCCGAAGACAAUCACUAUAUAUUAUUGAAACUACACCAUAUGCUUUUGUCCGAAGGUUUGAAUAUAGGAGACCUUCUACCACUGAUACCGCCAACACGGCCGAACUCGGGAACCCAGCCGUCGAAGAGUCCUUUGGUAGAAGUCUUUCGCAAACCUGUGGUAAUCCCCGCAUUGAAAGAAAAAGCAACCGAAGAACUUUCCAAUAGAUGGAACGAAUUCGUAGCAAGUUACGAUCCCUUGGAAAGGCCAGAACUACUUAAGAACACCCCAACAUUUUUUGAAUUUCUAUGCAUAUCCCUCAUUACCCUUGUUUCUCUGGUCAAAGAUUGCAGGAAAGGUUUCAGGGUGAUCAAAAAUGACGCAUAUUCUAAAAUCAAGUACACAUUCUUUGCUGCACUAAGGGAAACUGAAAAGAGACAAGUGAACGUCAAGACGUUUUUACUUUCGAUAUUGAAGUCUCUAGAUCCCAGAAAUGUCAUCGUACUUAUUUUCCGGUACUUCUACUUCUUUUGCAUAUAUUUGCCCAUUCGGAUACCUAUAAUAAUCUAUGCCGAAAUAAAAGCGUUCUUCACUUGUCUAACCUUGGGUUAUUGUCCAUAUCCCUACACUUUCGUAGGUAUCAUGUACACAUAUGUUCCAUUGAUCUACAACUCCACAAAAGAGAUCUUCUACAUUCUCUUGAUUCUUGUAUCCGCACCAAAAACAAUCCUUCAAGAUAUCCUUUUGCAGAAAGAAUCGUUACAGACCAUUACUUUGUGUGGUAGGAAAUCAGUAGCGUGGUCAGACCCCGUUAAAAUUGAAACUAUCAAGACUAUUUCCAAGCAAACUGCUGUUUCUGAAACGGAAGUUAUGCUUUCAGCUAUAUCAAUGUGUCUCGCUAAGUAUUUUACACAAAGUAAUCAAAAUAUCCCCUGCGACUUGCCCGUAACCAUGCGAAAUGUCUGCUCUAAUUAUAUCUUCGCAACAGGUCCCAACAUAAAACCAGAAGACCAUGUAAGUGGGAUCUUGUGCUUGAACCUCCCAAUUCCUGAUCCAGAAAAGGACGUAUCCCUCUUGGAAAACCUACUCGAAAUUAAGAAUAAAUUUAAUUCAGCUUUGGAAAAACAAGGAUUGUCACAUUUAUUAACAAUGCUGCAAACUAAAUUCGGAAUUUUGACCAUGUUUUUGCCAUCCACGAUAUUAAGUGUGUAUCUGAAGUAUCUGUCUAGGAAAUAUGCUGUUGUGGUUACUGAGGUGACUAGCAGAUAUCCAAAUGUAUUUCAAAAGACUCUAUGGGGCCAAGAAGUGACGAGCGUUAUCUACUGGAGACCGCCUCAAGCCAAUACAAGUAUAUCACUCUGUCUGAACGAAUAUGCAGACUACGUGAAACUAGGAGUUAUGUGUGAUGCCCAGUUGAUACCACAUCAUCCGUUCUUGGUCAGAGGAUUCCCUGAAUUCAUACAGGACUUGGGAAAAGCAGCAAUCGUGCCCUGAUCACUUGCGUCAUCAUUGAGCAUUCGCAACGAAUCAUGUUAUUUUUUUUCUUCAUCAUCACAUUGUAUAUCUUAAUAUAUAUUGUAUAUCUUAAUAUGCUGCUGCUUUAAUACUUGACCAGUUGUUUCUUUAGUACAUUUUUGUGUUUUUUUUUCCUUUUUGUUUAUCAGGGUGCCAAAUACAAAAUUGAAAUAUAUG